UUGCAUUCAAAUUGCAGGGGUGCAUCGGCAAUAAACUGGACACUGAUCUGUGGUGAUGAAAAUGCUGGCCUUACAGUAUUCUGGCCAGAUAGCGGCCUGGACACAGGGCCAAUCCUGCUACAAAAAUCGACAAAGGUUGCAGAAAACGAUACGGUCACCUCAAUUUAUACUCGAUUUCUUUAUCCAGCCGGUAUUGAGGCCAUGGUAGAAGCAGUGGAACUCAUAGCAGCUGGAAAGGCACCGCGUAUACCGCAGCCAGAAGAAGGAGCUUCUUAUGAGCCUCAUAUAACAACGAAGCCAAUUCUUGCACAGCUUGACUGGAACAAAAAUCAGUCUCAAAUGCAUAAUUUUAUACGUGGAAACGAUGCAGUAUGUUGUGUUUUGUUUGAUCUGCUAGGUGAAUAG